AUGUCUAGACAGGAUGCUAAUGGAAAUGAGAGAUACAGCAUCUGUGUUUUCGAGUAUUCUGUUCUGCAGCGGAUAAAUCGGCCCCUGGAAACUCUCUGUGCUGCCCUGGUUGCCUUCCUCCCACAACCGGCCCUGUCAUCCCGUGCCCCAUUAUCUACAUCCUUCACCUCUGCUGUGUGAUACCAUAUGGGCCAGAGCAUUUUAUAUGAGGUGGGUCCCUUGAACAUUGAAAAGGCCUUAGGAGAAGGGAAGUAGCUGGAGAUGGUGGUCUCUGUGAUCAGAGGGAACCUGGAGACAGCGUCCAGUGCCCGAGUGAGCAUUGCUGUGACUGGGGAACCUGGCAAUGGCAUGUGCUCCUUCAUCAAUGCACUGUGGGCAAUUAGGCAUGAGGAGGAAGCCUCGGCUCCCACUGGGGUGGUGAGGACCACCCAGAGUCACACUUGCUACUCCUUCUCCCACCUUCCCAAUGUGUGGGACAACGCCCCCAGUACAAGGGCUGCUGCCCAAACCCUAGAGAACUAUUAGAAGAAAUGCCAUUUAGCCAGUAUGCCUCUUCAUCAUCAUUGCAGCCACACAUUCAGCAUGAAUCUCAUGAAGCUCGCCAAAACCAUCCAGGGCCUGGGAAAGAGGUUCUACAUUGUCUGGACCAAGCUGGACAAGGGCCUCGGCACAAGUGCCCUCUGGGCGGAACAGGUCCUGCAGAAUACAGAGAAUAUCCCAGAAACUCUCCAGAAGAAGUGGGUGUAUGAACACAUCAUAUUCCAGGUCUCUAGCUUUGACCCCUUAUUGCAUGACUUCCCAGAGCUUAAGGACACCUUGCACAGGGACCUCUCUGAUAUCUGGUGCCGUCCCCUAGAAAACCUGUCCCACACCUGUGAGAAGAUCAUUAAAGACAAAACUACCUCCCUGCAGAACAGAAUAGCUUUGUGUUUUCAGGACAGCCUUGGUGUCCAGGAUGAAGAUGAUGUGAAGCCGUGUCUGAGCUACUGCUUGCUCUUUGUCAUGGAUGAUGAUUCUCUCUAGCAGGUGGCCCAGAUUAUGGGGAUGCCCAUGGAAGAGUACAGGGCUGUCAUGAAGUACCUGGAUCUGUACGGUCUCCCUAAAGUGAAUGGGAGACUGACUUGUUCAGUCAUGAAGCAUUUCUUAGCCUUCCUAGCUACAUCAAAUCCUUGA